CAUACUAGUGUGACGCCCAUUAGGUUGAGAAAUACAUAGAUGAAUUUGGUUAGUUUCCAUUCAUAAUUUACAAGUGUUGAAUAUAGAAUGCUUAUAGAAAUGAGAUCUGUGCUAUUGUCUCUUAUAUUGACGAUGUCACUGACAUUUGUGACAUCUAACACAACACAAGUAUGUCAAGAGGUGAAACAUUGUUACUGCCAGUUUUCAUCGUCACAGUAUCUUGACUUGACAACUUUACCACAAAGUUUGACAACGACGCACGAGUUUUCAACGUAUGUCAUUCAGCUGUGCAAACCGUUCACUAAGAAAGGAUGCGAAAGUGUCUUGGGUUGCAAGGAGCCACUUGUGGGUCAAUAUGAUUCUAUUGGCACCAAACUCAACUUUGUCAGUGAGUCACUAGUUGAGUUACUAGACGGAGACAAGGGAAGAUCAUCAAAGAUUGUUCUAGAAUGUAGCAGAGACAGCAAAACGCAGUUUAGUUUUGUUAAUCAAACUAAAGAACCCAGUUUUACCUUUAAACUUAUAAGCAAUGAAGUUUGUAUCAAGACAUUACCAACAACAACGGCAAUCACAACAACUGCAACUACACCAUCCACUACCCAACAUACAAAUGCGACUACUCCAACCACCAUUCCGACCAAUGCGACAACUGCAACCACACAUUCAACCAACGCCACAACUGCAACCACACAUUCAACCAAUGCCACAACUGCAACCACUCAUUCAACCAACGCCACAACUGCAACCACCCAUCCAACCAAUGCCACAACUGCAACCACCCAUCCAACCAACGCCACAACUGCAACCACCCAUCCAACCAACGCCACAACUGCAACCACCCAUCCAACCAAUGCCACAACUGCAACCACCCAUCCAACCAACGCCACAACUGCAACCACCCAUCCAACCAACGCCACAACUGCAACCACCCAUCCAACCAACGCCACAACUGCAACCACACACAUCACGUCCCCAAUAACUACUCAGCCUACUACUACUCAUAAAGCUGGAGCCAAUAUAGUCAGCUCCUGUACAGCGGUCACUUUGUUGAUAUUGUGUUUUGUCACAAACAAGCUAUCACACUAAGAGUGUCUCAAUAAAACUUAAGAACUGUCACAUAUCAAUCAAGACAUGACAGUGGGACUAUUUUGUUGUGUACUUCAACUCAUCUACUAAUUGAAUGUUUUGAUAUCAACGCAUAAAAAACAUCAUCAGAAAACAAUCAUCUCUGGUCCGAAAUAAACGAAUAUUGUUCAACACUUUGGAAAAACCCAACAGUACGUGAAGUGAUUCAACAGUCGCCUGAUAACACACACUCAGGUCUGGUGCGUGCCGUGAGACACAACUUAGUGGACACACUCGUACCAAUCUAUCAAUAGCAUUAGCUAUCUGAUUAAGACACCCAUGCUCCUUUGUUGACGUGAAGAAGCUAAGGUUUAUGUUAUCGUCAUUGUUAUCAGCACCAAAAGUCCACAACAAACUUACUAGAUCAUUUAUCAGUUGAUUACAAAAGUAGAUAGCAGGACGUGGGUGGGCGUGUCUUUAUGUGAUAUCUUAAUAUGUGUAUAUAAAUAAAAUAACUAAAACUAUUCUAAAACGCUCA